AUGUCUAGGUUGUUUUCAUUGAUAACUACUGCAAGCACGUCUGUGAAACAAGUGAAAGGAAAAGCUCGCCUAAGGCUUGCUUUUCUGGGGGGUUUAUUAGUAAAAAUUACAUCUGAGGUUGAAGACAAUAGAAGCACAUCGGGCCACACUUGUGAUAGUUACCAGUUAGGCAUCGAGACUUACGGUAGACG